AUGAAUAGUUUAACAUUACAGCAGCAACCUUUGAUCGAUUUGAAAGAUCAUCAAGUGGAGUUGGUAGAAGAACCAGAGCAAUCACCAUCAGUACCAUUACCAUCGUCAUUAUCAUCACCUGAUUUAGAACAACAACAACAACAACAACAACAACAAUUAUCAGAUGUAGUAGUUGUAGUUGGACAAGAUGAAGUUGGUAGUAAUAGUAGCAAUACUAAUAGACAAACAACAAGUUUUGUAUCACCACCGACAUCGCCACACGAUAACUUUUUGAAACAACAUAAAACACGUGAUUGUAAUAUUAUUGUAAAAGUGUUUGAGGCACGCGGACUUCCAGAGGCACGACUCAGAAAGAAGGAGCAAACCAAGAACAACAACAACAAGUCAUUCAAGAGAGCGCAAUCGCUUCUCACCGAAAUUUCAUCGCCAAAUCUCAUGACCUUUUCAGAUACGACCGAUCCCUACUGCAUAGUACAACUAGAGAAACAAAAACAUCGUACACGUACCAUUCCAAAGAAAUUAAAUCCAUUUUGGUGUGAAGAGUUCUCACUCGAAGUACAAGAUUCAAGUUCAGAGAAAUUGGUGGUAUCGAUCAUUGACGACAAGAAAUACACAAACGAUGAGUUUAUAGGAAAGGUUAUUAUUCCAAUCAAUACACUGAAGGAUCAAAAGGAAAGAGAACUAUGGUUCCCACUACAACCACCUACAUCAUCAAAGAAAGUACCACAAAUGCAAAUACUCAUUGAUUUCAAACCUAUUUCAUUAGCAGAUCCAUCAAUACCAGGUCAUAUUUCAUGGAAAGUUUUAUAUGGUAGAAAUUUAAUGCCAUCAAGUUCGAAUGGAGAAAAGAGUGGAGCUGAAAUUGGUACUCCCUAUAUAAAUUGGUCAGUUCGUUCAAAGAAAGGUGAUAUUAUCAUUGAUGAGGACGGUGUUUCAUGGUAUACUGCGUUGAAUACAGGUGUUUCAAGAGAGUUGACAGAGUCGAUCGAUUGUAUCAAUUUCAUGUUGUGGCGUUACGAGCCAAAACCUCUGUUUACAGAGAAUUCAUUGUUGACUCAGAAUUCGAGAUCACGUUCUAUCACGUCGUUGGAUCAUUUGAUUUCAAAGUCACCAGAGAAGCUAAGAUCACAGUCGAGUGUUGGCUCGCAGAGUCCACCAACGAGUGGCGGAAGUGGCAGUGCGGGUGGUGCCAGCGGAAUGAACUCGCCGGCCUUCUCGGACACUUCCUCUACGUGUUCGUUGAGUUCAAGUGGCGGCGGUGGCAAUCUCAGUCCUACCGAGGGCUGGGAGCCAGUUAUUCUGGGCCAGGGAAUUGUUAUGGCGUCUCAUAUCGACACUGAGAAACCAUCGGAUAUAUGGCUGUGUCUGUAUCCGCGUCAGACAGCAGAGAAUCGAUUGGGUGACGUGCGUCUAAAGCUGAAGUACUCUGAGGAGGUGGUGUUGCCGGUGGAUUCAUACACUCCACUAUUGGAGUUGAUACAGGAUCCAAAGAUGGUUGGUAUUCAAAUACUUGGCAAUAUUUCCAAGCAACGCGAAGCCAUUGCCAACAAUCUGAUUCGUAGGCAAUUCGCUUGCUACCAAAUCACUGGAUCUCUAUAUGAAGCUGGUUGGACUGCCCUAUUUGCUCAAUACGAUUGGUCCACUCAUCAAAAAGAUUUACACAUCGAAGAAAUCGUGCGAGAUCGAUCCAACCAAGUUGGAAAAAGGCGAAGACGCCAAGAAGAAUUCAAAGAAUCUGUUGUCAUGGGUCAAGAAGAUGACACAGGCCAUCUUUAG